AUGCUGCCCGAAACAAGAGACAGUAAUUCCUCUUACCCGUCGUCGGGCCCGCCCUCGGUCUCGGACAAGGAAGAGAUUGCUAGAGCCGCACUUCGCUCACUAGCGGCACCCAGUGCCAGCCCCACAUCCUCCCACCUUCCGCCUCUUCCACGUGCUCCCUUGCCUGCAGCCUCCUACCCACCCUCGCAUCAGCUGCCUCCGCCCGCGCCCCCGCCCGCGCCCUUGCACGCCACACGCUCCUCUAGAGAGUACAGCCGGUCCUCUUUGCAUCACAACUAUCGCCACGAUGGCCGCUCCUACGCCGAAGUGGAUCCCGUCGCAUCGCGUUCCUCGUCCUUUUCUACCCACGAUCAGGUGAGGCGAAGCAGCAGCAACGCCGGUGUUGCUGUUGCUAGCUCUAGUGCUGCCCUGAAGCGCAACAACAGCUCUUCGUCCUUCUUUCACGACCAAUCCAUAGCCGCUUCGCCCGAAUCGUCACCACGCAUGCACGCUGCUUCUUUCCUGCCACCUCCGCCUACGCAUGCUUAUGCACGUCACAGCAUCCCAUCGUCCACUCCUUCAACCAACGUCCACGAGGUGGCGCUACGUCGUGCAUCACUGGCACUCGGCGUCGAUCUGGAAGACGUCAGGCAGAUCGUGCACCAUGCCUAUUCUGAUCCACACUCUGCAUCUACCUCCUCUAGCAGUUCCUAUUGGCCAUCUUCCACAGCUGCACAACGCGAGUCCAGCUUCACGCGUCAGGUACUCCAUGCCUACCAGAUCGAAUCAGACAGGGCCUCACAGCCACGCUCCAUCAAUCGAUCCAGCGCAUCAAGCAGCGCUUUUGCAACAGAAGACGACCUCACCUGGCACCAUGUCCAACGCCCCUCGGAUCGAAUCUCGGACCAGCCGUCGCCGCAAUCGCAACACCACCCGGAACCGGAUCGCAGCGGCCUCGUCGCAUGGGGCACUAGACCAGACGCGAGGCUCCCCACUUUUGAAACCAAACUCACCGAAUCGAUCACCCACUCGGCACAGCCUGCAAGUCGAACCAAUCGUUGGCACGAGUCUGUUGACGUUGAUUCGAGAAGCGCUCUCGCUCCCACAACGCCGGCGCAGAGACCAGAAUCUCCUUCACCGUUUGCAUACGACGCCUACCGUAGGCCGUCUCAUCCUGCCGCCCCCGAAUUCGACCCCAUCCCUCCUUUCAAGGUCGCUUCUCGAGCCAGCCACGGCUUUGUCGACGAGACAGCGCGCAACCGUGCGCUUGAGCAGGAGCACGCCGCCGGGCGAUGGACACAUCAGUCCCACCCGUCUCAACCGGGGCAUCCGCAAUGGACGCAAAACGCGCACUACGAGCGCAGAAUAAGAUCCAUCGACGACUACGUGGAACAGCAACAGCCUUACACGGAGCCUCAGCGGCACCGCAGUGGUUCCAUGGCACACUAUCAAAGUCGCGCUGCUGACUUGCUUGCGCAAGACGACCGCCUGCCUGAUCGCACUGUUCGAUCGACUUUCCGACACUCCUACCAGCCCUAUCCGUCUCAACCCAGUCGAAAUUCCGCAGGCCCGCCUACAGUCGCAGCUACGGGUGCACUCGUCGAAUCGCCUCAGCUAUCUCCCACCAUGCCCGAUCCACAUCGCUUCCAUGCUUUCUCACAAGUGCGCUCGCCAGCUGCGGAGACACCCGCAUCUGUGGCAUCUUCGUCUGUGGCAUCGGCCGCGGCGUUGUCACCGUCGCCUCUCCUCGGACCAGUCGCCUCGUCGUCCACCAGCUUGAUUCUUGAUAGCGCCAAACGCACUCCUGGAGCGGAAAGCGAUGCUCACAGCUCGCUUCGCGCCGUCUCUGAGGACACAGCUGCCGAGUCAACCCGCGCAGGAGUCGAAAGCAUGCAAAUCGACGACGACGACGCUGCCAACCGCAAGGCGCCUAGAGCGGCUUCUCGAAAGUCUCGAUCGUUGCGCUCGUCUUUCUCUCAGCCUGACCGCAGCUCCGGCCCCAUCCACGGUACUGACUUGUCGCAUUCAGCGAUCAUGCAAAAGCUCCAAGACAAGGUGAAAAGUCGACUGGUGGCCAAAGGCAAAGCAGCUCUGCUCGACGCGAACAAGAAAGGUAACGGCACCAGCACUUCCAACAAUGCGAGCGGCAGUAGCAGCAUUGGCAGCAGAGCUGCAGGGCUUGGCAGAGCUGGUUCCAUCAAACGUACUGCUUCGACUGCAGCCAAGUCUAGCCAUCCCGAGCGCGCUCCUGCGCCAACGGCCUCGUCCACUCAAGGCGACAGCCGAGCCGAGAGCCCAAGUAGAACGACGGCAACCGCAGAAAAGUCCGCAGCACCUGUGGCUGGGGCACCUGCUGCUAAGGUUCGACGCACCUCUGCCUCGAGCCAGCAGAAGCUUGCUUCCGAGCCACCAUCGCAAACUGACGCAUCAAAGCCAUCGUCGCCAGCUCGAAAAAGCAGCGCGCCUCCGGCCACGAUCGAAGAAGCGUUGCAAUCGCUGUCUCCCAAGCCGCAAUCGCCUGCGCAGACGAGCGAUUCCAAACCCAACUCGAUCGAGGCCGCGUUGUUGUCGCCCACCGACACGCCAACGCCCUCGGAGGCCGCCAAUCUCCAUGCGCAGCGCUUGUCCAGAUCGCCACUGCCACCGGAAGGUGCGGUCGAGACCGCAUCGGGACAAGCCUUGCCCGGCGACCUCCCCGCUGCAGGUCAGAUGAACGCCUCGUCGGCGACUAAGCAGCAGUCAUCCAAGUCGGGCAUUGACUCGCUAAUCCAGGCUGCCAACAACAGCGAUCCUACCGAGUCCAGCUCGGCCAUCGCCUGA